AUGGAUGCGCUGGGUUCCAUGGGCAAUACCCUCGCCAGAAGGGCGGAGGAACAAAGUCCCACGGAUAAGCUGUUAAAAUUGUUGGAGAACCCAUUUCAAGCCCAACUCGCCCAAAGGUCAGUCAUCGCAGGCUUAGGUACUUCAGUGGGGUUUACCGUCCUUCUUGCGAUUGGGUUCUCCCUUCUGCGACCCUUUAACUCUUACGUCUAUGCGCCGAAGCUCAAAAUUGCAGACGACAAACAUGCUCCGCCGCCGGUGGGGAAAGGGGUGUUUGCAUGGGUGGGCCCGAUUCUGAAGACAAAAGAACAAGACUUAUUGCCGCUGAUAGGUCUUGAUGCGACAGUGUUCCUCAGGAUCCUGAGGAUGUGUCGAAAUAUGUUCCUGGCGAUAGCGGUAGUGGGUUGCGGCAUUUUGAUUCCAGUCAAUCUCUCCAAAGGGGUAAAGUUCGAGGACCAGAACUUUAUCAGCAGACUUACGCCCAUGAAUACGUACGACAAGGACAACUGGGGCAUGGUAGUUUGCGCUUGGCUAUUCGACAUCAUAGUAGCGUUGUUUUUAUGGUGGAAUUACAGAGCGGUUCUCAGGCUUCGGAGACAAUAUUAUGAUAGUCCUGAGUAUCAAACCAGCCUGCAUGCGCGCACUCUCAUGAUCAGUGAUAUGCCCAAGAACUUGCGCUCAGAUGAGGGCAUCGGGAGAUUGAUUGACGAGGUUGUGCCGACAUCAUCCUUUUCGCGGACAGCAGUUGCGCGGAACGUGAAAGAACUGCCAGAACUUAUUGAGGAGCAUAAUCAAACCGUUCGGAAGCUCGAGAAGUACCUAGCGCGGUAUCUCAAGGAUCCUAACAAUCUCCCCGCCAAACGACCAGAAUGUAAACCUUCCAAAAAGGACCCUUCUUAUGGCUCAUAUCCAAGGGGACAAAAACUGGAUGCGAUUGAAUAUCUUACCGGGCGUAUCAAGGAGUUGGAGAUCGAGAUCAAAGAAGCCCGGCUCACGGUGGAUAAUAGAAACCCAUUGCCAUACGGAUUUGCCACCUAUGAGGCAAUAGAGGAAGCUCACAGUAUCGCUUUUGCCUCGAAGAAGAAACAUCCGCAGGGUACGACGAUUGUCUUGGCUCCCAGACCGAACGAUAUUAUUUGGAAGAAUCUGCCUUUAAGUCCCGCGCAGCGGCGUCGGAGACGGAUGGUCAACAAUCUUUGGGUCAUUCUGCUCACCCUCUUAUGGGUCGCACCCAAUGCCAUGAUUUCCGUCUUCCUUAUAAGUUUAUCCAAUCUAGGCCAACUCUGGGAUGCAUUCCAACGGUCCUUAGCGGCUCAUACAACAUGGUGGUCAAUUGUUCAGGGUGUUGCUUCACCAGCCAUUACCUCGUUGGUAUAUUUGGUCCUACCCAUUAUUUUCCGCCGCCUCGCAAUUAGGGCAGGAGAUAAAACGAAGACAGGCCGAGAGCGUCACGUUGCGGCAAAGCUCUAUACCUUCUUCGUGUUUAAUUUCUUGCUUAUAUUCUCUAUCUUCAGCACCGCCUGGACGUUUGUCUACACUAUCAUCGUCAAGACGAAUAACCGUGAAGACGCUUGGAAAGCUAUUCAAGAGGCCCAAUUUGGCAAAGGACUAUUUACAUCCUUGUGCAAUAUUUCUCCAUUUUGGAUUACGUGGCUCCUUCAGCGGAAUUUAGGCGCGGCUGUAGAUUUGGCUCAGUUGUGGACAUUGGUGUGGAGUUUUUGCGUCCGGAAGUUUUCCAGCCCGACUCCUCGAGAGAUCAUCGAACUUACAGCCCCACAAGCAUUCGAUUAUGCCUCUUACUACAACUAUUUCCUCUUCUACAGUACAGUUACCUUGUGCUAUGGCACCAUUCAGCCACUGGCGCUUCCAGCUUGUGCCAUAUAUUUUGCUCUAGAUGUCUAUUUGAAGAAAUACCUGUUAUUGUACAUCUUUAUCACCAAGAUCGAGUCCGGAGGAAUGUUCUGGCGCAUGUUCUACAACAGGAUGGUCUUCGCCACCGUUCUAGCGAACCUGGUUGUCUUCCUCUCGGUCUGGGUGCAAGGGAAUAAUUCUCAUCUACAAGCCUAUUGUGUGGCGCCAUUACCAGUCCUGAUGAUCGCUUUUAAGGUUUAUUGCAAGCGCACCUUCGACGACAAAAUCCAUUACUACACCACUCGAAACAUGCUCAAAGACCCCGAAGCCAGUCCAAGCAAACAUUUCAACGAUAAGAAGGAUCGUUUCUCGACUCGAUUCGGGCAUCCGGCUCUUUACCGCCCUCUUAUUACGCCCAUGGUGCAUGCCAGCGCUCAGAAUAAAUUAGCAGGGGUUUACGGUGGCCGACUUACGGAUAGCAACGCUCCAGGAUCCGGGGAAUCCGCAUCUGUGUCUGGCUACUCCGAUACCUACGCAAUGGACGCCAUGCAGGAUGGUCGACCAGGACGCAAAGCCCAGGGAAUUCCAGGCUUCGAAAUGGUUCCCGAAAACCGUCUCGAUUUCGCAUACUACAAAGGCCGCUCCGAGUUCGCCGACGAACACGGAGGUUCGGGUGGUAUCUAUGGCAAGGCUGAAGAUAUCAUUAGAUCUGAUACUCCCGCCAGCUCCCUUGGUUUCGGCAGUGAUUCACGACCUGGGACUCCUGUCGGUGGUAUGACGGGACGAAGGAAUUUCAGCAACUAUCCUCCGAUGCCCAGUCCCUAUGAUGGCCAGGGUGACAUUGGAGCAUCAUAUGCUGGUGGCAACCCGCGGUUCUACACGCAGCCCAACGACAGCCAGAGUGGGCUGGUACAAUCUGCGGCAGAUAUGCCCAUGGUCACUCCAGGAGCCUACCACGACCCUCGCGAUGCAAGCCAGGAACGGAGAGCCCCUGGGUUCCUCGGUGGUGGGCCUCAGGGAUAUGGCGGAUUACCUCAACAUCCGAUUGAUGAACCGGAUACAGAUCCGACGAGUUAUGAUUAUUUCAGGGCGAGGAGAAACAACGGUGGAGGACAGCCUGGACAGGGCUUUUGA